CUGCCUCUAAACCUUAUGUGGUUGGUUCGUCAACAAGUCUCAGGGCAGUGGUUGAAGUCCGUUAGCCCUAAAAACAAAUGAAAUGAAAUGAACCGUGAAGACGAGUUUUGGGGAGUUUGAAUUAUUCAGUAACUCUAGGGAAGAGUUGUGAGGGAGGUUUUACAGAUACUCCUAUCAGAGGGACAAAAGCUCUGCACUUUCGAAACAUGCUUUAUCUACUCAUUUUAGGAAUAGUGGUGCCAUGCAGUUUCCAGCAAGAGACCCCUCAUAGCCGCUGCGACGAGCAUCGCAUUCUUCAGUACUCCUCUCCCUGCACGUCCUGUGCUGCGGCGUCUGCAGUCACCUGUCCCCGGGGCUUCAGGAAGGUCACCACAGACACUGGGAAUGCUAACUGCAGUUACACUGUGCAGAUCGGACAGCGUGAUUUUAUCCUACCAGGCUGCUCACACACCUGUGAAAAGGUGGUCACAGAGCGCAGGUGCUGCCCAAACUUCUGGGGUCCCCGGUGUCUGCCCUGUCCCAGUUGGUCGGAGAAGGCAUGCAACUGGCAUGGCACCUGUUUGGAUGGAACCUCAGGAAAUGGUACCUGUGUAUGCAAGAAUGGGUUCGCUGGUUUGGCUUGUCAAGAAUGCACAAACAAAAAUUCUCAUGGAGAACACUGCAAUUCAGAAUGUAACUGUGUAAAUGGGGACUGUAACUCGGGACCAGAUGGUAAUGGGGAGUGCUACUGUCAGCCACCAUAUUCAGGACCCAGGUGUGACAUCGUUUCUGAAUCCUGUAAAAACUGCUCUGCCCACUAUUACUGCAAAGGAGAGGGUGAACACGCAGUAUGUGAAUGUGUUCCCGGCUUCAAGAGGAUUGGCCGCAUUUGUGCAGGUGUAUGCGUUCCUGGUUCCUGUGAUAAGAAUGCCGAUUGCUCAGUGAAAGCUGGACGCUUUGAGUGUAAAUGUAAGCAGGGGUAUGAGGGUGAUGGGAAAGUCUGUGUGCCUGUGGAUCCCUGUGCACUGAAUAAUGGGGGCUGCCCCGUCGACUCCACCCUCUGUGAAUAUAAAGGACCCGGCCAGACUGUGUGUUCCUGCUUGAGUGGAAUGGAGAGCUCGAACCCUUCUACUGGCUGUGUUCUGAAGUCUGCCUGCGCUGACAGCACCUGUCACAGCAGUGCUCAGUGUCAGACCGGACAGGAUGGGAUUCCCAGUUGUCUGUGCACUCCUCAGCAAGUUGGUGACGGAUACAGAUGCUAUGGCACAAUCAUGGAGAGGAUCGUGGAAUUGAACAAUGAUGGGCGCUUGACUGGAGCAAUCACAUUAUUUGGGAAAGGGUGUGAAUUAAGUGUGAGCCAGCGAGGGCCGUUCACAGCUCUCGUGCCUCUUCUGCAUUUUGCAUUAACAGGAGUGUCUGAAUCAUCACUGUGCAAACAUCAUCUUAUAUUGGGUCAGUAUCUGUCCAAUGAGCUUGAAGGCAAUGACAUAUGGACGUAUAGUGGAGAGACAAUUCGCUUUAAAACGGACAAGCAAUUCAUCUUCAUGAGGGACCCAGACACGUUGUUUACAAUAAAGGAAAGUAAUCUUGUUGCAUCCAAUGGAAUAAUUCAUAUAAUUGACAAGCCAAUCACAAAUCUCCCAGCUGAUGCUUCAAGCAACACUCAGUUCACCAGCCAGACUAUCGGAGACAUCCUGGCAGAGGACACAAGAUUUAAUCGAUUUGUCUCUCUAGUUGAUAACUGUGGAGCACCUAUGCCCUUAAGAGGUCCUGGACCAUUAACGGUGUUCGUUCCCACCAAUAAUGCAAUCGACCGAUUCAGGGAUGGCAGUGUCCUCUACAUGCUGUCAGAUGCCAGACACAAGCUGCAGGAACUCCUAAAGCACCACAUGUACUCAGAGGCAGCGCUUACAGUAGACCAGCUGGCAAGUAUGCCUGAGAUUCAUACCAUGGCCAAGCAAGUCAUCAACAUCAACAUCACCAGAGAUGGCAGAAUUCUGUUAGGUGAAAAAGGAGUUUCCCUUGAGACUAAGGAUAUUAUGGCAUCCAAUGGUGUUAUCCAUCUCAUCGACGGGGUUCUGGUCCCGCCCUCCAUUGUCCCUAUAUUGCCACAUAGAUGUAAUGUCAAUGAAAGCAAAAUCCUUCAAGGUCCAUGUGUGCGAUGUAGCUAUCUGUUCAGUACUGAAUGCCCUCCUGGAAGCACCGAGGUGGAUGCACAUUUGAAGGGAUGUGAAGCUCCUCCUGUCCCUCCAUUUUCUGCCAAGAUCCUGGGAUGUGCCAAGUAUUGUAACGUAACAAAAAUGAGAGAAGAUUGCUGUAAAGGAUUCUAUGGACCAGACUGUAAACCUUGUCUUGGGGGCUUCAGUCAUCCCUGUUAUGAUAAAGGAACCUGCGUUGAUGGUAUCCAAGGCGACGGCAGCUGCCAGUGUGCCCCGGGCUUCAAGGGGGUAGCCUGCCACAUCUGCUCAGAUCCCAACAAACAUGGAGAAAAUUGUGAUGAAGACUGCCAUUGUGUGCAUGGUGUAUGUGACAACAGGCCAGGCAGCCAGGGGAUCUGCAGGCGGGCCUCCUGCCUGGAGGGGUACUCGGGGGACUUCUGUGACAAGAGGGUCACUCCCUGCAACUCAGAUGGAGUUUUCGAACACUGUCACAUCAAUGCCUACUGCACCUACAGUGGCAGCAACACUGUAUGUGUAUGUAGAGCAGGUUAUGAGGGCGAUGGACACUCCUGUGCUCCCGUUAACCUCUGCUUGAAGCCUAUCAGAGGGGGCUGUGACUCAAAUGCCCAGUGUGUGUAUGCAGGCCCAGGCAACACAUCGUGUGUGUGCACUGAGGGCUGGACGGGUGAUGGAGAAGUCUGUGCUGAAAUUAACAACUGCCUGCUGGAGAGUCGAGGAGGUUGUGAUAAAAAUGCAGAAUGUGUCUCUACAGGCCCUGGACAGAAUGACUGCUCCUGCAAAAAGGGGUACAUGGGAGAUGGGAGGGUCUGCAUCAUGGUCAAUCCCUGUCUGAAGAACAAUGGAGGGUGCCAUGAACUGGCAGCAUGCAAGCAAAAUGGUAGUGGAUUACGUAACUGUUUCUGCCCGGAGAACUACCAUGGCGAUGGGCUCACGUGCUAUGGUACCAUACGGAUGGAACUGGAGUGGAAUUCUGACUACUAUAAUUUCUAUCGUUUAAUUCAGAAAUCCCACUUAUUAAAUCUUGAUGGGAACGUCACAGCAUUGGUGCCCUCCAGGACUGCGUUCAAAAAACUAAGCAGUACUGAAGAGAAAUUUUGGUUCGACUAUUACAGACUCCCACACCUUCUAAACGCACACUUUUUAGAUGGUAUAUUUUCCUACGAGGAUUUACAACAGCAUGUCAACCAGCAAAUGCCAACUCUUCAGACAAGCACAACAUGGAACAUCAGAAACAGUAGUAGAGAGAUUAUGAUUGAAAAUGCCACCUUUCUUGUCCCUGACGUGCAAGCAGUGAAUGGAUACAUCCAUAUCAUCGAUACGGUACUGAGACCUCCGAUUUCAGCUCUUCCUGCUGUGCCACCCGACCUUAUGGACUUCCUGAACAAGACACCUGGGUUUAGCCACUUUAGAAAAACUGCGCUACUUUUCAACUUAACAGAUAAUAUAUCAAAAGAAGGCCACACCCUCAUCAUUCCAUUUGAUAGUGCCAUUGAUGAAUACUUGAAAAAGACAAAUUCUACAGAAUUGGAUGAAGAUGUUUUCAAAUAUCACAUCAUACCGGAUGAGCAGAUUUUUCCUGAUCACAUAAGGGAUGGAACUUUAAAAAGCACACUGCUUGGAAAAUCGUAUCAGAUUAUGUUUCAUGUUAACAGCAAAAAUCAGACACUGGCAAAUGAAGUUCCUCUUGACGGGUCAUUUUAUGAAACGAAUCGUGGAGUUGUCAUGGGAAUCCCACAAGUUCUGGAGAUCCAUAAGAACCGCUGUAGCAAGGAUGUGUUUCUGAAAGUUUCGGGGCGAUGUACCUCGUGUGAUUCAGUACCCAGGUGCUACAGCAUGUCCAACCCAAUAAGAGAAAGUUUUCUACCAAAUAUGAAAUCUAACUGUAGAUACAGGAAAAGAGUGGGCACCAAGAGGAAGUAUGUUUCUGGCUGCGUACUGGAGUGCUUGAAGAAAACAUCAGAUCACUCAUGUUGUCCAGGUUAUUAUGGGCAUGAAUGUUUUAAAUGCCCAGGAAAGAUAGACAAUUGGUGUUAUAACAACGGAAAGUGUGAAGAUGGUGUUCUUGGCAGUGGAGAGUGUGUCUGUAAUGAAGGAUUCCAUGGUACUGCUUGCGAAGCGUGCCAGCCAGGACGAUAUGGAAGAGAUUGCAAGUCAGAGUGCAAAUGUGUCCUGCAGAAUGGAAAGUGUAUGGAGGGAAUCGAGGGCGAUGGGACGUGUGUCUGCUAUAAAGGCUGGAAAGGAGCACAAUGCUCUACUGAAGUUGGACAAGAUGAAUGUGGAGGAUGUGCUGAAAAUGGCAAUUGUAUUUCAAAGGAUGGAGGGAAACCAACUUGUUCCUGUGUACCUGGUUAUGAAGGGGAUGGAUUAAUUUGCAAAGAAAUCAACUUGUGUGAGACUCGUAAUGGUGGCUGUUCACCAAAUGCAAAUUGCACACAAACCAACCCAGGGAUAAAUGUAUGCACCUGCAAGGAAGGUUACUACGGAGAUGGAGUUAUAUGUUUGGAAAAAAACCCCUGUCUUAAAAACAAUGGUGGCUGUGACGCAAACGCUCGCUGCAUCAAAACUGGACCUGAUUUGCAUGCAUGUUUUUGUAAAGUUGGCUACAAUGGAGAUGGAGUCGUGUGCACCCCACUCAACCCCUGCUGGAAGGAUAAUGGAGGCUGUAACAUUAAUGCCCGGUGUAGGCAGACUGGUCCAGGGGAGCACAACUGCACCUGUUACCUUGGUUACAGGGGAGAUGGUUUCAAUUGUGCAGGAAGCAUUUCCCGUGAGCUACUACAUCUUUCAGCUGCCAGUUGGUACCGCAGUGCGUUGAGAAUGGCUAGGAUCAGAGAUAUUUAUUCAAAAGGACCUCUAACAGUCUUUGUACCACACAGAGAUUACAUUGGAAACUCAACAAUUACAGCCUGGUUCAAUGCAAGUCGAGCUCCUGACCUGUUGAGGUACCAUAUAGUGGGCUGUGAGGAGCUUUCACUGUCUGAUCUGAAGUCCAUUGACACAGUAGUGGCUGCAUCUGGGCAUGAACUGAAGUUCAGUGUCAAAAAGGGUGUCCUGUACCUUAAUGAUGAUGCACAAAUACUUGAGAGUGACCAUUUCGGCUCAAAUGGAGUCAUUCAUAUCCUUGACAAAAUCCUAACCCCAUACGAUUUGAGUACAAAAGCAGUGAUAUCCCCACCGUUGAACGUGACAUCAGCGGCAGAGGCAUAUGGUUACAGCCAAUUCAGUAAACUGCUAAAAGACACAAACCUUGUUACUUUGGUGGAGAACAAAGUGCUUCAGCCUUUCACCAUGUUCUGGCCCUCGGAUGAGGCCUUGAACGCCCUGUCUGCGGAGAGAAAGACUUGGCUCUACAGUGAGGAUCAUCGGGAUAAACUGGAGGCCUUCAUGAAAGCACACAUGGUUCGAGACAUCGCAACAGUGGCAGUUAGUCUGCCCACACAGGAGAUGCGCUCAAUGUAUGGGACAUCAUCUAUAUCCGUCAGCUGCGACAAAACAAAAAUUGGGAAAUUGCUGAUCAACAAUAACGAGGCCAAAAUUAUGGAACGCCACCUGGUUUUUGAUGGGGGUAUUGCUUAUGGGAUUGACCAGCUUCUCGAACCACCUAAUCUUGGAGCUCGCUGUGAUGGUUUAGAUCAAAAGCAAAUACAUGGGCGGUGUGGAAGCUGUUUCAGACCACCUAACUGCCCGUUAUUCUCCCAGGACACGGGGAAAGUAUCAUCAUGCUUCCAUCAGCAUGGAUUCCAAGGAAGAAUGUAUCUAACGCCAUUUACAUCCUUUCGUCACCGUUGGGACGAUAGUUUUCCAAGGUUUGGCUGUAGACGGGAGUGCAAGGUGACAGAAUGGACAUUUCGCUGCUGUAAAAACCACCAUGGAAUGAACUGCCAUGUUUGCCCUGGAGGUCUGGAGGCCCCCUGUGGCGCCCAUGGGGACUGUGACGACGGACGUGCGGGCACCGGCGCAUGCAAAUGCCACCCUGGUUUCAAAGGGUCAGCCUGUGAACUGUGUCUCGCCAACCACUAUGGUUCUGAAUGUACAGUAUGCAAAUGCGCAGUGCAUGGCAAGUGUGAUGACGGCAUGGAUGGCAGUGGAAACUGCUUCUGUGACGAGGGCUGGACUGGAAACUACUGUGAAUCAAAACUGGAGAGCACGCCAGUCUGCUCCCCAGGUUGUCAUCCAAAUGCUGUGUGCCUUCUUGGCAACCAGUGUGAAUGUCAGAACCCCUUUGAGGGGGAUGGUCUGAAUUGCACAGCUCCUGACUUCUGCAGCGAAUACAACGGAGGCUGCCACCAACAUGCAGACUGUCUGCAGGAUGAACUCAACGUCACCUGCUCGUGCACAUCAGGCUACUCUGGCGAUGGCAAUGACUGCUCCCCCAUCGACAGAUGCACAGACAACAAUGGAGGCUGCAGUGAUUUUGCAACAUGUGUGUUCACGGGGCCGAAUGAGAGAGGAUGCCAGUGCAAUGCUGGUUAUGUAGGAGAUGGCCUCCAGUGCCUGGAGAAGGCGGUACCACCUACUGACCGAUGUCUGGAAGACAAUGGAGGAUGUCAUCCUAAAGCUUCCUGCAAGGACCUGCAUUUCCACACAAAAACAGCCGGAGUGUUUCACUUGAGAUCUCCAGACGGAAAGUACAAGAUGAACUUCACAUCUGCGGAGGCAUCGUGCCAGGCUGAGGGCGCCAUGCUUGCCACCUUCAGUCAGCUGGCUGAUGCCCAGCAGCUUGGUAUGCAUUUGUGUGUUGCAGGCUGGAUAGAUGGGAGGAAAGUGGGCUAUCCAAUAAGAUUUCCAUCUGCCAAAUGUGGUGACAACCGUGUGGGCAUCAUUCUAUACAAAGAUCCAGUAGACACAAGCAGUACAUACGAUGCCUAUUGUUACAGAAUGCAAGAUGUUGAAUGUGUCUGUAAACGAGAUUAUGUUGGAGACGGAUCGUUUUGCAAUGGAGAUCUGGCCAGUGUUCUAGCCAUGAAUGCCAAAUUCUCCACUUUUUACUCCGCCAUAUUGAGGUACGCAAGCACUGCCGUGGAAGGACAGAAUCUGAUGAACUUCCUGUCUGCAAGCUCAUCCUUUGCCACACUGUUUGUGCCUCAUGAUGAAGGAUUCUCUGUCAAUGAGACUCUGUCUUGGAGAGAUAUGGAGUAUCACGUCUCCAUUAACCACAGCAUCCACUUCUUUAACAAUUUGACGCAGAACUUGGUCAUCCCUUCACGACUGGGAUGCGAUCUCACUAUAGUGAUACCAGGAGCUAAUGCAACACUGUCUGAUAAUGCCGAACCUAAACUUGUCAACAAGAGAAGGAUUUUAGUGUGGGACAUUCCAGCCAUGAAUGGCGUUAUCCACAUUAUUGAAGGACCACUAAAAGCACCUCCCCAAAUUGUGAAACCGUCUCCUUCCACUACUCAGUCUGGAGGGGCCUACGGUGUCCCCAUCCUGGUUACACUCUUUGUCCUUCUUGCUGCGUCUGGUAUGGCAUACUAUGUGUUCAGGCGCAAGAAGGAUGCUUUCCGCUUCCAGUUUUUCAAGAAUGAAGACGAAGGUGGUCCUUCAUCAGAGAGCACAAACCCUGGUCUGGUUUCCAUUCCCAACCCCUGCUACAGUGGCUAUACAGCCUUUGCAGAACCAUUUGGAGAUUCAACCACCAAGGGGCCUGCUGACCCACAGAACCUCCUUGAAUGAUUCAAAUGCAGCCACACCAUUUCUGCAAACACAAAAGAAGACUUCGGAAUCAUAAACGUAUGUGUUACAAAAUGCUUAGAGAGUGAGAAACUUUGGAUGGAACCUUAAUAAAACUUAAAUAUUCAUACUGCAA